AUGAUCAAAGGGAGCUGCGCCUGCGGGCGCAUUCAAUAUGAGACUCAAGCUGAGCCCCUGGCCCUGACGGCCUGUCAUUGCGUCACUUGUCAGCGCGUGUCUGGUGCACCGUACAUGGGUUUCGUGGGCAUUCCUGCUUCAACAGUCGAAUGGAAACAGCGGCCAGAUAUCUGGAUAGCGAGUGACAUUGCCGAGCGCGGUCACUGCAAGUCAUGUGGCUCUGCCCUCUUCAUGCGGUACUUCUUCGAGACAGACCGCACUGCCGUGACCCUUGGGACUGUGGUUGAGGCCGAGCCCGCGCUGCCACCUCUGGGGGCACACAUCUUUCUAAAAGACAAAGCACCGUAUUUUGUUCUCGCAGAUGACGGGGCCAGACGCCAUGAUGAGUUCUCGCAAGAGUUUCACGAUAGGAUCGAAGAAUGGAGACUUCUCCAGCAGAAGGAGGGAGAUGGCAAAACUUGA